ACCAAUUAGAUCCAAUCAAGAUAAAUCUGUUGGUUUGACUUACAAAGACACGGUACACUUGCUGUGCAGGCCAAACUACACUCAAUGCAAGCUGUACAAUGGACAAGAUCACUAGGCAUAUUAAUGGAAGGCGUUGGUGAGCUGCUGGCUGCAAACAAAGUUAAACAUGUACCUACAAGAGUCAAGUGGAUGACCAACCUUGGGCGGAGAUGCUGCUUCGUCUUCAAUCUUUUGUAUUUGUUGAAAGCUGAAGCAAUCCACCUAGAUAUAAUUCAUCGAGACUUGAGGCCGGAGAACGUGAUGAUUGUGCAUGCUGGGAAGACCCUAAUUGCGAAAAUAGGCAACAUGGGCAUUGCUAGGAUUAAAGCGGCACCAUUGUUGAGUCACCAUGCCAGAGGUGAGAGGAGUCCGGGUUUCCAACCACGAGAGCAAUUUGAAAAUGAGAAGGAAACCACGGCAGUUGACAUGUUUGCCCUAGGAUGUAUAAUGUUUUACGUUAUAUCUUCGGGCAAACAUCCAUUUGGAGCGGUUAACAAGCGUAAAGCCAACAUUCGGAGAAAUAACUGUGAUUUACGUCCAAUACAAAACUUUCCCGAAGCUUAUGACCUGAUCCAACAUUUGGUGGACUCCGAACCUAAUUCUCGUCUGAUCGCUAGUCAAGUGCUUCUUCACCCCUUUUUUUGGAAUUAUGAUGUGAAGCUUGAUUUCUUCAUGAAGGUUAGUGACUAUGCUGUUGAGGUUAAUUGGCUCUUGUCAACUGAACUGGAUGCGGCUAUAGGAGAUACUAGUUGGGAUGGUAAGGUAGAUGAUAUCUUCUUAGAUCACAACAACAAAUACAGUGCAAGGCACGCGAACGCUUCAAUGACUAGCUACGUACAAACGAUGAAAGAUUACAAUUAUGCCAAGAUUAGUGAUUUAUUAAGGGUGAUAAGAAACACUCAACAUCACUAUGGUCGACUUCCAAAAGACAUCAAGAUGGGGUUUACAUAUACUUUGAUGGUUUGUUCCCUAAGCUGUUUAUGGAGGUAUACAAGGUCGUUUAUCCCAAAUAUAAGAAAGCCGAUGAGUUCAAACAAUUCUUCAAAGAAAUAUAGUCAAGGUGAGAAGAAGCCCAAAACGCCAUUACUGAAGGUUAGUAACUAUCUUUUAUCUAAUGCCACUUAUGCUCACGAGCUAAGGAGUCCUACUCAAAGGAGAUCUCACGAUCUUCUUCCCUCACAUAAACACACCAUCAUGAGAUUACCAACGUCGUUGCUCCUCUUCAUCGGAGCUCUCAUCUUCUCCGGCGCCGGAAAUGUCAGAUCCGAUGCUUCCGACCACCGUUACAAGGAUGGCGACUCCGUUCCUCUCUACGCCAACAAAGUCGGUCCGUUUCACAAUCCCAGUGAGACGUAUCGCUAUUUCGAUCUCCCAUUUUGUAUUCCAGAGGGUGUAAAAGAUAAGAAGGAAGCUCUUGGUGAGGUUUUGAAUGGGGAUAGGCUUGUUAGUGCUCCAUACAAGCUUAACUUUAGAGAGGAGAAAGACUCAGAUGUUUACUGCAAAAAGAAGCUUAGCAGAGAAGAAGUCGAACAGUUUCGAAGAGCUGUUGAAAAAGAUUAUUACUUUCAGAUGUAUUAUGAUGAUUUGCCUAUCUGGGGAUUUAUUGGAAAAGUUGACAAAGAAAGCAAAUCUGAUCCGAGCGAGUUCAAAUAUUUCCUCUACAAGCACAUUCAGUUUGAGAUUUUGUACAAUAAGGAUAGAGUGAUUGAAAUCAAUGCUAGAAUGGAUCCUCAUUCGCUUGUGGAUCUUACUGAGGAUAAGGAAGUCGUUGCUGAGUUUAUGUACACUGUGAAGUGGAAGGAAACUGAGACUCCUUUUGAGAAAAGAAUGGACAAGUAUGCUAUGUCUUCUUCUCUUCCACAUCACUUGGAAAUCCACUGGUUCUCCAUUAUUAACUCCUGCGUCACUGUCCUCCUUUUGACUGGUUUCCUUGCAACCAUCUUGAUGCGGGUUCUCAAGAAUGAUUUCAUGAAGUAUGCUCAAGAUGAGGAAGCUGCUGAUGAUCAAGAGGAAACUGGAUGGAAAUACAUUCACGGAGAUGUCUUCCGUUUCCCAAAGCACAAAUCUCUCUUUGCUGCAUCUCUCGGUAGUGGUACCCAGUUGUUCACUCUGACCAUCUUCAUUUUCAUGCUUUCACUUGUUGGAGUGUUCUAUCCAUACAACCGUGGAGCACUCUUCACCGCUUUGGUCGUUAUCUACGCCCUCACAUCUGGAAUUGCCGGAUACACUGCCUCCUCCUUCUACUGUCAACUCGAAGGAAAGAAUUGGGUGAGAAAUUUGCUGCUCACGGGAGGUCUCUUCUGUGGCCCACUAUUCCUCACCUUCUGCUUCCUAAACACAGUUGCAAUUGCCUACAGUGCAACUGCCGCUCUUCCCUUUGGAACCAUUGUAGUGAUCGUCCUCAUAUGGACACUAGUUACUUCGCCUUUACUUGUGUUGGGUGGUAUUGCCGGUAAAAACAGCAAAGCUGAGUUCCAAGCACCAGUCCGCACCACUAAGUAUCCUCGGGAGAUCCCGCCACUCCCAUGGUACAGGAGUGCUAUACCUCAGAUGGCCAUGGCCGGAUUUCUUCCUUUCAGUGCCAUCUACAUUGAGCUAUAUUACAUAUUUGCCAGUGUUUGGGGCCAUCGUAUCUACACCAUUUACAGCAUCCUCUUCAUCGUCUUCAUCAUCCUGUUGAUCGUCACUGCUUUUAUAACAGUUGCCCUUACUUACUUCCAACUCGCUGCUGAAGAUCAUGAAUGGUGGUGGAGAUCAUUCCUAUGCGGUGGAUCUACUGGUCUGUUCAUCUAUGCGUACUGCUUAUACUAUUACUACGCAAGAUCAGACAUGUCCGGUUUCAUGCAAACAUCCUUCUUCUUCGGUUACAUGGCUUGCAUUUGUUACGGUUUCUUCCUCAUGCUUGGAACUGUUGGCUUCCGCGCUGCUCUCCUCUUCGUCCGCCACAUUUACCGGUCGAUUAAAUGCGAGUAAAACUGUUGCUGCCAAUCCACCUUCCCUUACGAUUUUUGGUAGAACAAAGAAGAUGAUAAUCUUUUUCUUAAAACUGUUGGUGCUUAAGCUUUUUCUUUCCUUUUGUUAUAAUGUUUUGUGGCAGUUUGUUUUCUGUG